UACAUCAGAGCACAGGCAUGGCUUGUAAACACACGUGACAAGUGCUGGUUGUGUGCUUUCUGUCAGUGUCACUCCUCGGGUGUUAGAGGCUGGAAGGAAUUUAGCUGGUCGACCACGCAAUUUGUUAUAAAGACAAAUAGGAUCCGCCGACUGGACCAAAUCACUCCUAGAAGUGUAGAAAUCCUCCGUUGAAACAUGAUGUCUGUAUUGGGAAGGGCGACUCGGCUCAUUCAAUUUGCCAGGUGCAGUAACGCCGUAAGCCUGUGUGUUUCAACACCUCUCAGGAGACAGUCUAGUAGUGCAACCGUUGCAGCCUUCGCCCAGCCAGCCUCCACAGCGACCCCAGAAGUGGUAGAGAACAGAAAGCCCAAAACGGGGAUCCUAAUGAUGAACAUGGGAGGACCUGAGAAACUGGACGAUGUUCACGAUUUCCUGCUACGCCUCUUCUCCGACACCGAUCUGAUGAAGCUUCCUGUUCAGAAUCGACUUGGGCCGUUCAUAGCGAAGCGACGCACCCCUAAGAUCCAGGAGCAGUACAGCCGGAUCGGAGGAGGCUCUCCUAUCAAGGCCUGGACCACCAUGCAGGGGGAGGGCAUGGUCAAACUGCUGGAUGAGAUGUGUCCGGAAACAGCCCCACAUAAGUUCUACAUCGGGUUCCGCUACGUGCGUCCUCUGACGGAGGAGGCUAUUGAGGAGAUGGAGAAGGAUGGAGUAGAGAGAGCAGUGGCUUUCACCCAGUACCCACAAUACAGCUGUUCUACCACAGGCAGCAGUCUGAACGCUAUCUACCGAUACUACACCAGCAGAGGAGACAGGCCUAAGAUGAGGUGGAGUGUCAUCGACCGCUGGCCCACACACCCCUUAUUGGUCGAGUGUUUCGCCCAGCAUGUCCUCAACGAGCUGCAGAAGUUUCCCUCGGAGAAGAGGGACGAUGUGGUUAUCCUGUUCUCAGCUCACUCACUACCCUUGUCUGUGGUGAACAGGGGAGAUCCGUACCCUCAGGAGGUUGGGGCCACUGUGCAGAGAGUCAUGGAGAGACUAGGGCACUGUAAUCCUUACCGCCUGGUCUGGCAGUCCAGGGUCGGUCCUAUGCCGUGGCUGGGCCCUCAGACAGAUGAUGUCAUCAAAGGUCUGUGUGAACGAGGGAAGAAAAAUCUGCUGCUGGUCCCCAUCGCCUUCACCAGCGACCACAUCGAAACGCUGCAUGAGCUGGACAUCGAGUACUCUCAGGUGCUGGGAGAGGAGUGUGGCGUAGAAAACAUCAGAAGGGCUGAAUCUCUGAAUGGAAACCCCAUAUUUUUCCAGGCUCUGGCAGACCUGGUCCAAACCCACCUGAGGUCAGACGAGUCCUGCUCCCGUCAGCUCACCCUGCGCUGCCCACUGUGUACCAACCCCACCUGCGGAGAAACCAAGGCCUUCUUCGCUAAUCAAAAAUGACCCUCCUCUUCCUCCUCAACCGUUUUCUAGUGUUGCAAACUGCAGAUAACUACCCCCCCCUACGGACAUCCUACUUAUUUCUUCCUGAUUCCUGGAUACUUCCAAUCGGGAUUUCUAGAACAGCUGGGAAUUCUGAGUCACCUACCUUCUACCCAUCUGUUACUACGGGACACGUUUCUAAGUAACUACCAGAAGAAGAAGAAGCAGACAAACUAGGAAAGAAGCUGUCAGUACGCAUCGCAUUAAAGCUAUAAGACAAGUAGAGUUGCACUUAUUUUGUCCCGUCCCCUCCCUCGUCCCCCCGCCACUCACAUUCCAUCCGUUGAAUUCCUGGAAAACUAUGUCCAUUCAUCCCUCCAUCCCCUUUCCAGGAAGAUAAACUGGACUGUAUCCUUUCUCACCUGGUGCUUGUCCAGUUGGUUUGUACGUCAUGCUCAGGGACAGUGGCGAAGCGUGUGUGUCCCCCCCACCCCAUUCUGGUAUGUCAUCCACAAUGUCUCUUUGAGAACCUCUCUGAUGCCAGGUGGACUGUCCCCUGCUUUGAAACCCUCUCUGAAGCCUGGUGGACUGUCCCCUGCUUUGAGACCCUCUCUGAAGCCAGGUGGACUGUCCCCUGCUUUGAGACCCUCUCUGAAGCCUGGUGGACUGUCCCCUGCUUUGAGACCCUCUCUGAAGCCAGGUGGACUGUCCCCUGCUUUGAGACCCUCUCUGAAGCCUGGUGGACUGUCCCCUGCUUUGAGAACCUCUCUGAAGCCUGGUGGACUGUCCCCUGCUUUGAGACCCUCUCUGAAGCCUGGUGGACUGUCCCCUGCUUUGAGACCCUCUAUCUCCUCUCGGCCUCUAGAGAAUCCCAUGCUUCCAUCUUUGUAGAGGCACUGCUCAUCCAGAGUCGAUGCUCUUACCUUUCCCACCCAGCAGCCUCGUCUGACCUCUCACCUCUCCGCUGACCUCUAAUCUCUUAUAGGGAACCAUAAUCCCUGGUUAAACUUCCACAAAGUGCUGAUGCACCUCUUGCCCCUGCAUGAGUCCCUAUCUCUCCCCGGCUGACCUCUCACCUCCCCCAUCCCUGUCUCUCCCCGGCUGACCUCUCACCUCCCCCAUCCCUGUCUCUCCCCGGCUGACCUCUCACCUCCCCCAUCCCUGUCUCUCCCCGGCUGAC